AUGACUAAUCUACUGUUGGUUUGGUGUACCAUUCUGGUUUCGUUGAGUGUAGCAACUGGAAAACUAUCCAACAUUACGAUUUCUAUCGGAAAUCGUUACAAUACGCAAGUUGGAGCGACCGACACGGGCACCAACAUCACGGGAUUGACAAUAACUCUUUCGAGAUGGUCUGGUAAGGUAUCGCUCGCCGGUAGUGGAAACCAGAUUGAGGUAUCCAGUUUCGGCAACGAUUCCACUAUGAUUCGGGUGGGUUAUGGACAACAUCUCACCAAGUUGAACGAAUCCAGCAGUUCCGUUGAGCUUCCUGCACCAAUUGAACCCACCAACAAUACCAUUCCAAGCCGAUGGAAGCGAGAGACGGGUUUCCUCCCGAUACUUCCAGUGACUGCAACGCCUUUCGUCCCUUCGGUUCCAGCAGCUCCUGCAAUCCCAAUACCAACUAUGAACAGCAACUACAUUUCCAUCGGUGGCAAACUUGUCGCUUUGCCGGAGUCCAUCACCAAACUAACCGCCAACACCUCCAUCGGCACCGGAUCGGCAGUCCAAAGCAAUACCAUGCAACAGCCGUGGCAGUUCCUCAAAACAUUGAUGGAACGGCGACCAUCGAAGAUAUUAGAUCCCGUCGUGGACUUCCUCGCCACAAGCUACCUCUCAACGGGCAAAGUAAUGGUCGACGGCGCCCUGACCGCGCUCAACAAAACCGAGGCCUUCUUCUACAACAUUGGCAACUCCUCACUGAACUACGCUACGGAUCAGGUUUCGCUCGGCCUACAGGGCGUCACGCGCUCCUUCAACGACCUGACCCAGAUGAAGCGAACCUGCGUCGGCGGAGCUCCCGAAAAUGCCGGCCGCCGAGUGAUGGAAAAGGCGACCGGAUGCGUCCGCGAACGCCUGGACGAGGUGAUUGGGAUCGUGGACCAGUUCCGUACCAACGUUGAGGCUACCGAAGGCGUCUUCAGCGGAUGGCUGAUAGAGAUGCAAAAGUGCAAUGCUAAGAAUUUUCCAACUUUAGCAGACACGGAGCUGGAUGCCGCUCAGCGAAAGUGUUACGCGGAGGCUCUAGUAAGUCCAACCGGCAAGGUCGUUGAUAUCCCUCUGCGUUGGACAACUUUGGCGUCACGAAUCAGCACCGCCGUAACCACCUUCAAGGCGCAGCUUGGACUCUGUGCCGGGAAGGUGAUCCUGGAGGUUGCCGCUGUAGCGAACGAGCUCGGCUCCAAGAUCACGUCCUGUGCGUUACGGUUGAUAAUCUAAAGCGAAAAAUAAACCUACUCCCCAAAA